AUGUUUCCAAAGAAUUAUUUAAUUGAAACAAUAUACUUAUUAUGCUAUUAUUAUUGUUGUUAUUAUUAUCAUCAUUCCAAGACAGUUGAUGCCUCCUUAAACAGUGCUAUAAUUGUCACAUUUGUAAUUGAAGAGAAUGCAGUGAUUGGCUCUGAAGUUGGAAGAAUUCAACUAGAACCUGAAGUGGACAAAUCCAGUCACCAGUUGAAUAACAAUAAAGAUGGAAAGAAUAGUCAGCUGACAUUCACUUUACAGGAUACAUUUUACUUUGAUUUCGAUCCAGUUCAGACAAAUCGACUGCUAGUACGUCGUGAGUUAGACCGGGAUACAGAUCGUAAAUUAUGCAGUGAAAGUGGUUGGCCAGAGAUAUGUGCUUGGUCAGGUGUGGUUUUUGUCAGUGAUGGACGUCUACUAAGCCUACGUAUUGUCAUUCGUGAUGUCAACGAUAAUACACCGAAAUGGCCAAGAAGUAAAGAUACUACAGAACAACCAACGCUUGAAGUAUGGAUAACAGAAAAUCGUCCUAUCGGUUCAAUUUUAGACCUACCUCUGGCCUAUGAUCCAGAUAUUGGUGAAAAUUCAAUUGUCAGGUAUGAGCUGGCCUUAUCAAAUGAUAAUAGUACAUCUACUUUUGAUAUCAUCAAUUCACCUAGUCCUAAUGGACCAACUUAUCAAUUGGUUGUUAAAGGACCACUUGAUCGUGAAGAGAUUCCUGUCUAUCAGCUGACAGUAGUCGCUGUCGACGGGGGUGGAAAUCGUGGCUAUGCAAAAUUAUUUGUGCAUAUUGCAGAUGAAAAUGAUAACACUCCAGUGUUUGAACAUUGUAAGAAUUCAAGUGCUGCAGUACAACAAUGCGAAAUUAUUAUUAAUAUCGACGAAGAUAUCCCGGUAGGGAGCAUCCUACCGGAAACACCUGUGGCGAAAGAUAAAGAUGAAGGAGAAUUUGGUCACGUGACGUAUAGAUUUUCACUGUCUGCCUCUGAUACAGCUAGAAGAGAUUUUAAAAUUGAUCAUGAAUCAGGUGAAAUUAUAGUACGUACACCGCUGGAUUAUGAUACAGGCGGUUUAACUCAAUACACCUUUGGUAUUGUCGCUGAAGAUGGUGGCGUACCACCGUUAUCUGCAACCAUGCGAAUUAUAGUGAAUAUUAAAGACAAAAAUGAUAAUUCACCACAGAUAACGAUUACACCCGCAUUUAUACAUGAAGAAGGCAAAUUGAAUGCACAGUAUGAGAAUACAAGCACUAAUAUGACAAAAUCACAAUUACGUCUGAUUGAAAAUACACCGCCUGGUGUACUCAUUGCGACUAUUACUGCCUAUGAUGCUGAUUCAGAUGACAAUGGUAAAUUCACAUGUCAAUUAGGCCAAACAGAUGAACUGAAUUUAGUCUAUUUAAGAAAUCUGGGCAAAAUUAGUGUUUAUCAGUUGAGUUCAUUACGACUGAUUGAUAGAGAGAUUCAACCAGAGUUAAGAGUUAGUCUAAAGUGUGAAGAUAAUGGAUCACCGAGUCAAAAAUCAGUUGAAUUAUUAACUAUAAAGAUAUUGGAUGUUAAUGACAAUGCACCAAAGUAUACAAAUAAACGAUACAGUUUUCAAGUACCGGAAAAUAAUAAUGUUGGUGUGUUUAUUGGAGAAGUGACAGCUAUGGAUCCAGAUCUUGGCAUGAAUGGUAUGCUAAAUUAUAGUAUACACUGGCCACCAGGUCAAGGACCAAAUCCUUUUGAAAUAAAUACAAAGGGUGAAUUAAUUACACGUAUGCCGUUAGACAGGGAAAAUCAACCUGAAGGUUAUCAUUUCAUUGUUUAUGCCAUUGAUAAUGGUCAACCGAGUUUAUCAGGUUCUACACAUGUAGAAGUUGCACUAAUCGAUAUAAACGAUUGCAGACCAAUAUUUACACAGAUUAAUUAUCAUUUUUCUAUUGAUGAAGAGUUGAAGGUCAAUGCCUCUGAACCAAUUGUAAUCGGUCAAGUAAAAGCUACAGACUGUGAUAUUGGAUUGAAUGCACAUUUGGUGUAUUCACUAGAUCCUGCAAGUUAUUCAGCUGAUAAUCCAUUUGAGGUAACUGAGGAUGGUCAUAUAACUGCAUUAAAAUCUAUUGAUCGUGAACUGCAUCCAGCUUUCUUACUUCAAGUGAUAGCUACUGAUUCACCACAGAAACCAACAGAAAAGCUGACGGCAACAGCUCAAAUUCAUAUCACUAUUUUAGAUAAUAAUGAUAAUGAACCAGUAUUUCAGAGGCCACCAUUCGAUAAUGGAACUAAUGAGGUGGAAAUAUCAUACAACGAUGUACCCGGACAUUUGGUAACACGAAUCGAGGCUACAGAUAAAGAUGUAGGAGUAAAUGGAAAGAUAAAAUUUUCAUUUGAUCAAAAUAAUUCAACAAAUGACCUGUUCAUUAUACGACAAAACAGUGGUGAGAUUUUUCUACAGAAAGAAUUAACUAUUAAAGAUAUGGGAAUUGUUCCACUUGUCAUUAUGGCUACAGAUAUGGGUGAGAAUCCAAAGACAUCAACAACUACUAUUCAUGUGAAAAUCUCCGAUAUCCCAUCUACUGCAUUUAGAUUUAAUGCUUUAAAAAACUCAAAAUCAAUGAAUCAGCUAUCGAAUUCAUUAUUUAAAAACCUGAAUAUUGAUGCUAACAAAUUUAUAAUUAUUUGUAUUAUACUUGUUACAUUUAUUAUUUGUACUAUACUCAUUUCUGUUAUAUUCGCAAUAUCACGUGGUGGCUGUAGACUAUUCACUAAAGCAACGACAACAGUAGCGAAAUCCACUCAUCAUUACAAUGAUAAUCCUAUUGGUUAUAAUGCAGAUUUAAUUGAGAAGCCACUAUCAGAAAUGACCAGUCCAUUAGAUUUGAAUAAAUCAAUAAAUUAUCCUCCAUUCGACUGUGAAGAAAUUAAUUCCUUCGAGCAUAGUGGAACUUCUUAUUUACCGCCAUUCUAUGAUCAGACAUUAUCAGCAGGUACACUGCCGUAUACAUUUCCUGAUACCGGUUUAAGAUAUUAUGAUCAAAUGUUGACAGAUAAUGAAAAAAUGUUCAACGGCCUCCACAGUGCAGAAAACACUAUCCGACUACAUACAUCACCAACAGCUUUACUUGGAACAGAUCCAUCAGGACAGGUGACAAAAAACCAUAUGAAUUCUAUGAAUGAACAAACAACAUUUGCCAACAGACUAUUUACGAACUACUAUCCAACUAAUAAUUCGUCAAAAUUCAUUAACUAUGCAGUAAACAGUACUUCAUUGAUUAAUGCCAAUGGAUCAGUUGACCGUAGUAAUGACAAUAAUAAUAUUUCCUUAUCAAAUUCAAGAUAUCCCAGUGCUUCAACCCACGUGCAAAUUUCAUUUCCGAAUAACCCGGUUAUUUCAAGAAGAGAUUCACUAAUAAAUCCUAUGACCAGUGGAUAUAUAUACAGGAAUUUAGAGCAUAUUACAUAAUUAAGAAAGAUUUGAAUAAAAUAAAGCGAAGAUUACAUAUAACACAAUAAAUACAUUGUAACAUUGAUAAUGUAAAGUGAAAUAUUUAUAAAUAUAAACGGAGAGAUGUGUUUUUCUCUGUUUUAAAAACGAAGAUGGUGAUGCCCUCUUUAGCAUCUGUAUACAGAGCUAAAGACAUGGAAGCCAGUGAUAUUUUUGAGUCUUUGUGAUUGUUUAUCGGCUCUUUAACAUAUCUAACUAUUUAACUAAUUAUGUUGAACUAUUAACAGUCUAAUGUAUGUAUAUGAAUAAAUAUAUACUCAACAAUAUUUAAAAUGUUGCCUGAUAAACACCAUCUUGACUUUAACUGUUCUCCAACUAUAUGAGGCUUCGUAAUCUCUUUUAUGCUAAAUAACUUGUACAUUGAUCAAAUGAAUCUGCAUAUUCGAAGUUUUAUCAGUUAUUUUAAAUCUCUUGUUUUUAUUCUAGCUGAAUUUUUGUUUUACUUUCUUUAUGCGUCGGUAGCACAGUG